UCACGACUUGGUCCGUCCAAUCAGAGGACCCCCGUGCCUAAAGGGCACGCGCUCAGAGAGCCACACCCCCUCGAGACAUUUCUGCUCCUCCGCCAACCGUCGCCGGUAUAUUCACCGAUCUUCGCCGUAUUCCACGGUAAAGCAGCGGACAUACAGCCGCAGUUCAGUGUGUCAGCUUUCAUAUGAGCAGCAGAGAUGAGCAGCAGAAGCCGCAGGUCCUGUACAAAGAGUCGCUCCAGCUUUCAUAAAGGACACCUCUCCAGGGUGAAUCUACAGAAGCCUGGAUGGACAAAAGACGAGGAUGAGAAGCUGCACAGACUGGUGAAGGAGUUGGGGUCAAACAGCUGGUCCUCAGUGUCUCUGCAUUUUAAAGGUCAGAGGUCAGAUGUGGAGUGUCAGCGGAGGUGGCAGCACAUAAAAAAUCCAGAGCUAGUCAAAGGUCCCUGGACCCAUGAGGAGGAUGAGAGGGUCCUUCAGCUGGUUGAGAAAUAUGGCGUGAAGCGCUGGUCGCUCAUUGCCAAACACCUGCACACUCGUAACGGGAAGCAAUGCCGUGAGCGCUGGCACAACCACCUGAACCCGACGGUGAAGAAGAGCGGCUGGAUGCUGGAGGAGGACCGCAUCAUCUGUCAGGCCCACAGGCUGCUGGGAAACCGCUGGGCCGACAUCUCCAAGCUGCUGCCCGGCAGGACAGACAACUCCAUCAAAAACCACUGGAACUCCACCCUGAAGAGGAAGGUGGAGAAGGAGGGGUACCUGCAGGUCCUGCACAUCCACAACUCCUCCAUAACCUCCUCUAGCUCCUCCAGGUCCUCCUCCUCCCCCCCGAGACCAACUUCCAGGACCUUGGACCCCCUGAGCAAAGCCAAUAUCCCCACCAAGCAGGGGGACAGUCUGUCCAGUGUGAAGGACGAGUCCAGCUGCUCCUCCAGCGAUCAGACCAAGCACGCUCACCUGUGCUCAGUCUACGGCCCCGCCUCUUCCUCAGGUUACAGCUCCUCACUGAGCAUGUGCGAGCUGACAACCUCUGCGGAGCUGAUGGAGCUGAACACAGGGGCCUGGAGCUGUGGCCCCAACCAAGUCUCCACCUGCCUGUUCAAAGAGGAGGCCGACCCGUCAGUCAUGGAUCUGAGUUAUGUCGCAGGAAUGAAGGAGCAGCUGGUGAACCGUGAGGAAGGCACCUCCUUCACCACGGGGACUCUGACCUUCUCCCCGUCUGAGCUCCUCAGCCUGUAUGGCGUGGAGGAUCUGAAGUUACAACGCCCGGCUCUCACCUCCACCCCCAUCUGCUCCCUCAAGCACUCCACCAACACCAAGAAGGCCCUCAGCUGUCUGCACUGCAGCCACACUUCCUCAGAGACCAGAGACCCUGUGACAGCGUCGUGGACGCCGGCCCCUGAAACACCAACCCCGCUAAAGAUCAACAACAAAAGCCAGGACGAGGGCUCAGUUUGUUGGAGCAGGAGGAUGAAUCUGUGGGAGGAGCCUAGUGUCGAUUCUGACAGUCAACAAUCCAGGAGCAGCUCCGAGGUCCAGGAAGAGAGUCUGCUGAGCUCCAUCCUACAGGUCCAGGGAUCAUCCAGAUCAGUUUCUCAGGAUCAGGAAGAGUCAGGGGUCCAGGGAGAGUCCAGCUUUGGACUACAGGUCCAGGGAGAGUCCAGCUCUGGUUUACAGGACCAGGGAGAGUCCAGCUUUGGUUUACAGGACCAGGGAGAGUCCAGCUUUGGUUUACAGGACCAGGGAGAGUCCAGCUUUGGUUUACAGGACCAGGGAGAGUACAGCUUUGGUUUACAGGACCAGGGAGAGUCCAGCUUUGGACUACAGGUCCAGGAAGAGUCCAGCUUUGGACUACAGGUCCAGGAAGAGUCCAGCUCUGGUUUACAGGACCAGGGAGAGUCCAGCUUUGGACUACUGGUCCAGGGAGAGUCCAGUUCUGGUUCACAUGACCAGGGAGAGUCCAGCUUUGGAAUACAGGUCCACAGAGAGUCCAGCUCUGUCUCGGGCUGUGAGGAGUUUGGCUGCUUCCCGUUGGAUAGACAGAUGGAGGUGUGGUGGUGUCAGCAGCCAGUCAGUUACCUGCACUCACCAGAAUGUCCUGCUAACAGACCGAAUCCCUUUGAGCUGAGCGGUGACUUGCAGCUGGUGAUGUUUGGGAAAACAGAGGACCAGAUGAGUGUGACGGAGCAGGCCCGCCUCUACGCCGAGCCUUGAUCUUCAUCUUCUUCAUCCUCAGCCAAUGCUGAUGUGAAGCGUAGGUCCAGGACCAAUCAGAGCUGGCCGUCCCUCCCGGUGGUGUGAUGUCAUCGGUCAGGAGGAGCUGGGCCGACUUCCAGGAAGAAGAAUGUGAAAAGGCUGAGAUGUUCUGGAAAGCAGCGCUCUGAGCUCCUGAUGAUGGGAUGUCCACAUCAGACUAAGAGAACACUCUGGAAUCAUCCAUGUUUCAUGGUUCAUCUUCAUCAUCAUCAUCAUCAUCAAGAGGACCUGUGAAGGACUCUUCCUGAUUAUUCUUAAUAUCUGGUGAAUCAUGAGUCUCCAGACGACUGCACACAGCCGUCAGUUCAACUGAUGCCUUAUUCAUUUAUUAAGCAGUCCACGUUCAUUGGUUUUUAAUGUACUUUAAUGAAAUCACAAUUGUAUACAAAAACAUGACAUAUUUCUUGUAGUUUUACUGAAGAUGUCAGAAUACUUUGCUAGAUUUUAUAUUUUUAAAUGAACCGUCUUUUUAAA